GGGGGCGCGCCUUCUCCCGCCCCGUGCGCGCACACGCGAGCCGGUUUAUUGUACCACAGAGUCCGGGCGCAGACGGAGGGGGGUGUCGUAACCGAAGGAAAACUCCUAACGAAACUGCAGGCAUGGCGGCGAUCCGGAAGAAGCUGGUGAUUGUGGGGGAUGGCGCGUGCGGGAAGACCUGCCUCCUGAUCGUCUUCAGCAAGGACCAGUUCCCCGAGGUGUACGUCCCCACCGUCUUCGAGAACUACGUGGCGGACUACGACCGGCUCCGGCCCCUCUCCUACCCCGACACCGACGUCAUCCUCAUGUGCUUCUCCAUCGACAGCCCGGACAGCUUAGAGAACAUCCCUGAAAAGUGGACCCCCGAGGUCAAGCACUUCUGCCCCAACGUUCCCAUCAUCCUCGUGGGCAACAAGAAGGACCUGCGCAACGACGAGCACACGCGCCGCGAGCUGGCCAAGAUGAAGCAGGAGCCGGUGAAGCCGGAGGAGGGCCGGGACAUGGCCAACCGCAUCGGCGCCUUCGGUUACAUGGAGUGCUCGGCCAAGACCAAGGACGGCGUGCGGGAGGUCUUCGAGAUGGCCACACGGGCAGCGCUGCAGGCCCGGCGCGGGAAGAAAACCUCUAAAUGCCUUCUUUUGUAAACUCCCACCCCCCCACACACCCCCCCACCCCCCUCCCUCUUUUUAAAGACGACGCUUAACGCGAGGCGCCCCAGGAGCGCGGCGUCUGUCCUCGCGGGGAGACGGGGGGGCGUCCGGGCUGCUCCCAGAGGCGCCCGCUGCGCUCGGCCCUGUCCCCCGCGCCUCUGACUGGACUCGAACCUCAUCCCGCAUCGUGUCUGUUGUUCCCAGUGCCGUUGUGUCCCGCGUGCCCCGCCCGACUUUUAUGUCCAUUUCCAUCGUUGCCCCUUUUUUUUUUUUUACCCUUUUACUUUUAAGGAGAAAACAAGGAAACGUCUUUACCAGUAUUUAAGUAAGAAAAGCUCUACCGAUUUUUUUUUUUUCCGGUCUUGUUUUUUCCCCACAAAGCCGUGCCGUCGCCCUUUCUGAGCUCUGGCGACGAUUGCCGAGACGCCGCGGUUCAGAAGGGCGCCCUCACACCCGCCGUCUCCUCCUUCAGGUCUCCUGUCCUCUCCGUUACGCCUGUCACUUUUUUUUUUUGUAAAAAGAAAAUGGAUUUCCUAAUGGCUUAACUUGUAGUCUCUCUGUAUGUAUAAACAAAUUUUUAAGAAAAAAGUGGGGAAAAAGACAUACAUAACAAAAAUAAAGGGGUUUAAGUGAUGCUAAAAAAAAACCAUGCUCCCGUGCUGUACGCGAGCUUAUACACAGGGACUUAACUGGAAUCUGGAUUUGUAUGACCUGGGCUUGGUAACUUUCUGAAAUAAAUAACUUUAUAUAACAA